CAACAAAUUCUUUGUCCAUCCAAACACUUUCAUGCAGUUUGUCAUGUUAACAAGAAAUCGCAAAGCCUUUCAUCCUAAAGAAUUUCAUGUGUUGUAAAAUCUUCCUUCUUCAUGUAACAAUUUCGUAAGCCAAAUAAUCAUGACAAUCCAAUUAAUAUGCAAAUUAAUCAAUGACAUCAUCUGGCGCUUUCUGGAGACUUUUUGAGCGUGCUCUAGCUACUUUCCCAUGGAAAGAGUUAGCAGCACUGGCACUUUGUAUGAAACAGAAAGUAGUGCACUUUUACUGUCACUUUAGCUUCUCCUGUAGGAAACGAGAACUCGCCUGCCUCCUGAACUCGAACUUUGCACCAGGAAGUGUUAGAUGAACUCUACAGAAGUCAGCUUUGAUGUACGCAAACAUUCAUUCUGAUUGCAUUAGUUUAGUAUUUUUGUGAAGGAUAAUGGAUGUUCAGAAGUAUUUAUUGCGCAUCGGCUGCUCUGUGUCGUGUUCGUGCUCUCCGACGCUGGAGACUUUGCGCUCGGUUCAUCUCCAGCACUUGCUCGCGGUGCCUUUUGAAGAUCUCACCAUCCACACCGGAGAGCGCGUGAGCCUCGAGCUCCCGCUGCUCUACGACAAAAUCGUUUUAAAAAGACGCGGCGGAUUUUGCUACGAGAACAACGGGCUUUUUUCCUGGCUCUUGUCUCAGCUCGGGUUUGAAGUCGAGAUUCUGUCUGCUCAGGUGAAGAAUCGGUUCACCGGCGCUUACGGACCUCCGUUUGACCACCUGAUCAUGAAGGUGACCCUGAACGGGCAAAGGUGGCUCUGUGAUGUGGGCUUCGGGGCCGGUUUCCAGCUCCCUCUUUCCCUCGAGACGGACAGUCCUCAGACUCAGAGUCAUGGCGUGUACCGGGUUCGAGUUCACGGAAAUCUGCUUUUUAUGGAAACACAGUCAGAGAGUGAUGCAUCAUGGGUGGAGCUGUACAAGUUCACACUUCAGCCAUGUCAGAGAGAGGACUUUAAAGCUAUGUGUGAUUACCAUCAGAGCUCCAUGAGCUCCAUCUUCUUCUGCAAGUCCCUCUGCUCCCUCCUACUACCAAACGGAAGGAUUACUCUAAUGGGCCGCAAGCUGAUUAUCACCCACCUGGCCAGUGAAGAUGGACCACCAGUGAAGGCCAUCGAAACAGAUCUUACUGAUGAAGAAAUCACUGAGAUACUGAGGGAGAAGUUUGGAAUAGUGCUGAUGUCUCCACUGAUUACUAAAGAUAUUGACAUUGUGCUCCCAUCAGUGAACUAUUAGAGUGAUACACUAUAUGGCCAAAAGUAUGUGGACA